AUGUCCGGGUCGGGCUCAGCCGGGCGCCGGAAAGUGUAUUCCACGGGGGUUGUCUACAGCACAAGGCUCAAUGCGCAACGCCUGCCAGCAGGGCAGCCAACGUGUUUGGCGCAGUGGGAGGAUGUGGAUCCCCUGGAGAUUGACCCAUCCACCUUUGUCUUGCCCCAAAGCCGCCUUAUCCACAUGGAGCAGGCGAUAACCGCGCCGGCACACUCAUUCUCUUCCCACUCUCUAGAUAGGAUGCAUAGCUCCGAUUCUCCCAACACGCUUAUACCUUCCGCUUCACCAGCGCCAGAAAUGGUGGCCCCACAUGAAUUGCGAUCGGUAGCCGUGACAGGCCGAAGUGCGCUAUGGGCUAGAAGUGUCGAAUGGAUCUUUCCCCAUCGCUUGCUAUUUGCGGCUUAA